GCGCACUAUCCACUUCCGGCGGUAAGCGUCUUCUCAGCGACUUUGGUGCGUGACCUUACUUCACACUUGAUACACACAACCCCGUCUCCGGCAACUAUUUCGCUUCCUUAGCGAUUUUCUACUGACAUAACGAAACCUGAUUUCUAUUGUCAUAGCGCAAUAGAUACUCCUCGAACUACUCUUAGUUCCUCCAGGCAUUUUUAAAGAGAAGAAACUGACAUUGUAGCAUUAUGUCGACUCUGUUCCACAGUCGGUUUCUGGUGACCACAAUCACGGCAUGUUGUCGGAGAAGCUUGUCUACAACCACCACCAAAAAUGCCAAAGUGUGUGUUCUUGGAGCAUCUGGAGGUAUUGGUCAACCGUUGUCCUUGCUGCUGAAGAACAGCCCCCUAGUCAGCCAUUUAUCCCUCUAUGAUAUUGCACACACUCCAGGUGUGGCUGCAGAUCUUAGUCAUCUUGAGACUAGGGCUAAAGUAACAGGCCACAUGGGACCCAGUGAAUUACAAGAAGCUGUCACUGGUGCUGAUGUUGUUCUCAUUCCAGCUGGUGUCCCCAGAAAACCAGGGAUGACUCGAGAUGAUCUCUUCAACACAAAUGCAUCCAUUGUUGGCAAUUUAGCUGAUGCCUGUGCCCAGUUCUGCCCCAAAGCUAUGUUGGCCAUAGUGACUAACCCAGUAAAUUCUACUGUCCCAAUUGCUUCAGAAAUUUACAAAAAGAGAGGAGUAUAUGAUCCCAAAAGAAUCUUUGGUGUCAGCACUUUAGACGUUGUCAGAGCAAACACAUUUAUUGCUGAAGCAAGGGGUUUGGAUGUAUCUAAAGUGAGUGUCCCAGUCAUUGGUGGUCACUCAGGUGUUACUAUCAUCCCUCUCAUUUCACAAUGUACUCCUCCAGUAUCUUUCCCUCAUGAAGAAAGAGUUCGUCUAAGUGUCAGAAUUCAGAAUGCUGGUACCGAGGUUGUUGAAGCUAAAGCAGGGGCUGGAUCUGCAACAUUGUCAAUGGCCUACGCUGGGGCUCGUUUUGCCUUUUCCCUUUUAGAGGCUCUUUCUGGAGUUGAAGGCAUAGUUGAAUGCGCAUAUGUACGAUCUGACGAAACUGAAGCUAAAUAUUUCUCUACCCCCAUUCUUCUUGGAGUAAACGGAGUUGAGAAAAAUCUUGGAAUUGGUAAGUUGAUUGAAUAUGAAGUUGAACUCAUCAAAGCUGCACUGCCUGAAUUGAAGACAAACAUCCAGAAAGGUGAAGACUUUGUCGCUAAAAUGAUGGCUUGAAUUUCUACAGACCCAUUAGAAGAAAAACAGAACUUAAAAGCAUCACAUCAUCAUUGUAGAUCACCUGCCAUUUCCCUGUCUCUCUUUUUCUCUUCCUUUCUUUCAAAAUUCUUAUCUCAGCUCACAUUGCUCUGUGAUCAGUUUUGUCUAAGUGAUAUCUCAACCGUCACAAAUGUAAAACUAAAAACAUUUGAGGCAGAAAUACUAAACAGACUGAGAGAGAGAAAAAAAAACAAACAACAGAUUCAACUCGAUUAGCUGGUGGGAAACGAAGUUUGUGACAUUCAAAUAACGAUGAAAAAAGAACUCUAACAAAAAAAGGAAAAAAAAAAACAUUAACUUGUGUUAUAGCUUUCUGACUCUUCUUUGACACCUAUUAUUAUUAUUAUUUUCUUCUUCCUUGUACAGCAUCAGACUUAGGUGUAGCUCUAGUAGGGAUUGGAUUGUGAGUGCGUGUUUUCUUUUUCUCCUCUCCCUUCCCUUUGACAGCGCCUUCUCAACUUCUCCUACUGCUAAAUAUGUCGAAAUUGUUCAGCCAAUGUUUUUCCAUGACCUGGAAAGUUGAACUAGAUUGGUGCCGCUGUAGCAGUAAUCUGUCUUUAUAUUUCCUCAGUAUUUCCUGUGCUUGUCCAGUAUAAAAGGAGCUGUGUAUUAUGGACUACAAACUAAAAUUAAGUGAACUGAAAAACGGCACUGAACAUAAAACAUCUCAGAAUAAAUUAAUGAUUUGUUAAA